GUCAAUGCAGUGUUCCUCACAUCUGACAGACUGUCUGAUGAGGAACAUGGCCUCCAUCAUGAUCUCUCUUUUGUACGUCUGGGCUCUCCUACCUUUGUUCACAGCAGGGACGUUCCAUUGCCCUGUGUUUUCCCAUUUACUUACAAACAGAAAGUCUACUCUUCAUGCACUAAGGAUGAUUCUUCUGAUGGACAACCGUGGUGUGCCACAACCUCCAAUUAUGAUGAAGAUCAGCAAUGGAGGUCUUGUGUCCUUAAUGAGUAUGGUGGCAAUUCUGGUGGGAAAGUCUGUGUGUUUCCCUUCGUCUACAAGUCUCGGACCUUCUACACUUGUACAAACGAAGAUGCUGAACUUGGGAGAUUUUGGUGUGCCACAACGGGGAGCUUUGACAAUGAUAAAGAAUGGAGCUACUGUGCCGAUACUAGAUUAAGGGCAAAUUCCCAGGGGCCAUGUGUCUUCCCUUUCCGCUACCGGGAAAAGCAAUACUCUUCAUGCACAACAGCUGGGGACUCUGGGGGAAAACUUUGGUGCUCUCUCACGAGCAACUAUGAUGUAGACCGCAAAUGGGCAUACUGUAAUCCUUCAGAACACCGUCCCUGCAUCUUUCCUUUCAUUUACAAGGAGAAAUUGUACUUCAAAUGUACGCGUGAAGGAGCUGCUGAUAACACCCUUUGGUGUAGCACAACCUCUAACUAUGACGUGGAUGGUAAAUGGAAGGCGUGUUCCACUCAAGAAUAUGAAGGGAAUUCCAAGGGGCAGCCCUGUGUCUUCCCCUUCAGCUACAUGGGCCGGACAUUCUUUACCUGCACCAAUGAAAAUACUGAAGACUCCAGAUUCUGGUGUGCCACAACGGGGAGCUACGAUUUGAGCAAGAAGUGGAGCUACUGCGCAGACACAAGGCUAGAUGACAGGCCCACAGGCCCCUGUGCCUUCCCUUUUAUCUACCAGGGUGAGUCCUACUCAACUUGCAAAACAGAUAAAAAAGGAGGCAAGCUCUGGUGUUCUCUCACGAGCAACUAUGAUGAGGACCGACAGUGGAGAUACUGCGAUCCCUCAGAACAUCGCCCAUGCACCUUCCCCUUCAUUUUCGAGAACAAUGCCUACUUUGCAUGUACCAGAGAGGGAGCUGGUGACAAUGCACUGUGGUGUGCCACCACAGAUGACUAUGACAGGGACACUAAAUGGAAGGUGUGCGCUCUUGAAGAGUAUGGAGGGAGCUCCAAUGGCAAGCCCUGUAUCUUCCCCUUCAUAUACCGCAAUGAAACAUACUACAACUGCACAACUGAGAACUCAGAGAAUGGGCUAUUCUGGUGUGCCACAACAGCAAACUACAACCAGGAUAAGGAGUGGAGCUACUGUCCUGAUGAGAACUAUAACCUGCCUCCCCUUCAUUUGCCAUCCUUGUCCGGAGAGUCUGCCCCUUGGUCUGAAAAACCUUGCUUGUGCAUCCAGACGUUAUCCUGGAUGGUUCCACCAAGGCAAAUCAGCAAAGUUACUAUCUACCCUGAGGGUCCUCAGUGUUCUGUUCCUGAAGUCAUAGCCACCCUAAAGAGUGGGAGGGAAAUCUGCCUGGACCCCACGGCAGCAUGGGUCCGGAAGGUGAUGGCCAUGAGGAAGAAGAAUCUUUAUCAGACUCAUCAGUAGUCUGCCGAAAACGAUCUUCUGCGUGGACUGUAGUAGAAGAUGCUGCUGUUUAAUAAUGAAGAGAGAGGAGGAGAUACCAGACAGCAUAAAGGUGGAAGAAUGAGUAGCUCUGGAUGCCCUUAAAAGCUGAAUUCUCAAUCAGUGCAAUAGCUCUUUGCGCUAUUAUGUAAUAUGAUAAUCUUGAAACUGCACUUUGUAAUGACUAGGAAUCGCCAUCUAUCAAUUCGCCAAUUCUGUUUUCUACCGGCUGUGAGGCCAAAGGACUUUGAACAUACAAAGGAUGCCAAAGUACACAGUCUAACAGGAGUUUAUUCUUCUGAACUGGAAAGUAUAUUUGUUUAACAGAGGAAUGUCUCACAGUUUAUACAAAAAUAAACUAUUCUGAUCUU